ACUAGGUAGUCACGGCUGACAAAUACACUAUAAAGAGAGUUAUAGUAAUGUGGGGUCGCUUUUAGAUAACACAAUUAUAACUUCUGUUCGUCGAGCUAGACAGUUUGGAGUUUUAAAAUAAAUUACAAUAUCUUAUGGACAGCGACCGUACAGAUAUGUUAAGGAACAAAUUGGUAAAAUCAUUCCCUUUGUAUGUCGUUCUUUUGACGAUUUUGUUAUAUUUGUACUGGACACUUAACGAGUCUGUGAGUGUGGAAGUGGAAGUUAAACCAAUUUGCAAAUCUGUGAGUUUAAAUUCAUUCUACAACAUAUCAACUGAAAAUAUAUCUUGGGAGGUUUUAGAGCAUCAUAUAAAUAAUGUACUGCCAGGAGGACGCUACACACCUCCUCGCUGCAUAUCUAGAUGGAGGGUUGCUAUCAUUGUUCCCUACAGGGACAGAGAAAAUCAUCUUAAAGUGUUCUUGAGAAAUAUUCACCCAUUUCUGCAACAACAACGACUCGACUACGGGAUAUUUGUAAUAGAAAUGGAAACAUCAAAGCCAUUCAACAGAGGACUAUUAAUGAAUGUCGGGUUCAAUGAGUCACGAAGGCUAUAUAAUUACAACUGUUUCAUAUUUCACGACGUUGACCUUUUGCCAAGAGACACAAGAAACAGUUAUUGCUGUAGUGGUCAUCCGAAACGUAUGGUAUCGGUAAAUAACAAAAGAAAUUACACAAAGACGAAUUACUUUGGUGGAGUAAAUGCUUUUUCAAAGGACCAUUUUAUUCGUGUGAAUGGCUUUCCAAAUAUGUAUAGUGGUUGGGGAAGAGAAGAUGACGAUCUUUAUCAUAGGGUUUUAAAUGCAAAGCUAACUGUGCAGAAACUCCCAUUUAACGUCGGACGUUACACGAAUCUUGGACAUCAACAAGCAACACUUGCAAAAGAAAAGUACUUUUCAUUUUUCAUCUUUUUAUUCUACUACCGCUUACAUACAAAUUCUGUUGAAAUCAAGUAAUUUAUGAUAAUGUUA